AUGUGCGCGGGAAAACGCGGAGAAAAAGACAAAACAGAAGUUAAAUGCAAAAGUAAACAGAAACCACAAGUGAUUCCGUCGAGAAUGGAAGAAAUAAAAGUGGUUUCCCGCGGAACCGCUGAAGUUGCACGGGCGGUCGAUGUGUGUCUGCGGUGUCCAUACACCGCGCGCAUGCAGGCGCGAGGCGCGAGGCGCGGAACGGAAAGCUGCAGAUAUUUGCGAAAUGAAAAGAUGUGGGAGCCGUUUAAGAAGCUGUUGAGUUCUCCGAGAGAACUUUGUUUGAUUUACGCCUGCGAAUAUGCCGAUUCCUUCAGCAGCUUCGCGCUGGACUACGUGUUCGUGUUGUACUUGAGCGUGGGUUUCGGCCUGAGCGACGUCGCCGCCAGCUGGAUCUACGGAGUCUACGGACUCAUGUGUUUGUUUUUCGGCGUUUUUUUCGGACCUUUGGUGGACUUGUUGGGCGUUCGCCGUUCCCUGCUGCUGGGAACAGCAACUUCUUUUGCUGCGCGGCUGCUGCUGGUCUUCGCCACGGACUCCCUCACCCUCUUCGCCGCUUUGCUGGCGCUGCUGCCCAUGGGCGUUUCGCUCACCAGCAACGUGUUGAAGUUGGCCGUGCGUCGCUACGCCUCUGCGGGGACUCGGUCCUGCGCCUUCGACUGCUCAUACCUCGUCACCAACUCCGCAGCCCUCAGCGCCGCCCUUCUCCUCACCGCCACUCGCGCGAUGGUCCCCCCCCUCGGCCAGCCCUACCGCCCUUACCUCUUUUUCGCCUGUCUCCCGGGGCUGCUGCAGUUCGCCUUUUCUUUCUUCCUCAGAGACUCUCCUGCUGCUGCUGCUGCUGCUGCUGCUGCUGCUGCUGCUGCUGCUGCGGAGCAGCAGCAGCAGCAAAUGGAGCUCCCAAGCUCGCCGUUAAACGUGAGUUCUGGAAAAAUUGAAGGAAUAGUAAACCGACUGAAUCUUUAUUUUCCAAUCUACUUCUUCCUUUUAGUCCAAAGUUGCUUCUUAUUUGUUUUAAAAUGA